AUGCCAACAUUCCAGCCAUCAAUGAAAUCUUCAUUGCCCAACCGAAAAUACAGAGCAUCUUUACCAACAUUCGAGUCGAAAACAUGCCCAGUGGCCUUCACAAUGGCCGUUUUGUCAACACCACACACACCAUCGUCUUCUGCCUCGUCCCCCAUAUCCACUGUUUCAAUAGAUAAACUAUGGGAAACCUUAUCGUCACUUUCAUGCGGAUCGGCAUCAUCAUCUGAUACUAUCGCUCGGUACUUCUUCCUACCUUGUCCACUGUGUCCCAGCUCUUUGUCCUCAAACUCAUCAUUUUCUGGUGUAGCUUCUUCAUUCACUCCUUCAAUGAUCACAAUUUCAAGCCUUGUUUAA